GACCCGACGUUCUUUCACUGAGAUUGGUGCUGUGAACAGUAACGUUGUUAUCACUACCUCCCGCCUUUGGCAGCCAGACAUUUGAAAACGUCUUGACAAUUGUACCGUGUUGUUCUGUGCGUUAACGUUGUGCAAUUGUGUGUGCUACUGUAUUUAGAUCCGAAAAAUCAAAACUUCCAAAAUGGUCGACUUUGAUGAGUCCAUGAAACAUAUAGGUUCGUACGGGAAGUUCCAGCGGAUGACAUACUAUAUGUGUCUGUUGGUCGGCAUCACUACACCGUUCCACCAGCUCGGAAGUACCUUUCUCGACGCCGAGACAGACUUCCACUGUGCUGUCCCAGCGGUGGCGGAGGGAGGGCCGAGAGAGAACCACACCGACUGCGUCUUGAACUAUUCCUUACCGAUAGAGCGAACGUCGUCUGGGACAGGUUGGCGGUACAGCGGCUGUACAAGAUACGUGGUGACGUCCUACGAGCUGGGGAACCUGACGUGCCCGUACCCCGCCCACAACAGCACCGCAGAUGACAGGCCCACACAGCCGUGCGAUCAGGGCUACUGGUACGACACCAGGCAGUACAAGAGCAGCAUCUUUACUGAGUUCAACUUGGUGUGCGACGACUACUGGUUAAACAGCCUGUCUCAGUCUAUCUACAUGUGUGGUGUUCUCAUCGGAGCUAUCGGCUUUGGACAACUGGCGGACUUCAUCGGCAGGAAGAAGACCAUCUUCAUCAGCCUUUCCCUGAUGAUCGUUUUUGGUACGAUUGUGGCGUUCGCCCCAAACUAUACUGUCUUCGUCAUCGCUCGGCUUCUUGUCGGGACAACAGUGUCGGGGAUCUUCCUUUCUGCUUUUGUUAUUGGGACGGAGCUAACAGGCCCAGACAUGCGCACAUGGACGGCCACCCUCCCCCACGUUGCCUUCGCCACCGGUUACAUGCUGUACGCCCUGAUGGCGUGGGGCAUCCGCAGCUGGCGGCCCCUACAGCUCACCAUGACCAUUCCCACUGUGUUUCUACUCUUCAGCUGGCCAUUUCUGAUUGAGUCCCCGCGGUGGCUGAUCUCCGUGGACCGGCAUGACGAGGCAGCCACCAUUGUUAAAAGGAUUGCCAAGUUCAACGGCGUGACCGUACCAGCACACGUGUUGAAUGAGAGAAACGAGAAGAAAAAGAACGAUCGGAGGCACACUGCCAUUGAUCUCCUGCGCACGCGCAACUUGUUGAUACGGAACCUCAACCUGUUCUACCAAUGGUUCGUGACGUCCAUGGUGUUCUAUGGCCUGUCCCUCAACACGUCAUCUCUGCCCGGUAUAGACGACUAUGUAGCUUUCUUCCUCGGAGGGUUUGUCGAAAUUCCGGGACUCUUCAGUUCCUACUAUUUACUUGACAUUCUCGGGCGGCCGAAGUGUCAGUGCCUCUACAUGACGGUAGGGGGCAUUGCUUGCAUCAUCAGUCCAUUCCUGGCACCACCUUAUCUCCCAGAACACCUGGCGCCUUUGUCUAUCGUACUGGCGAUGUUGGGGAAGCUGUCCAUCUCUGCCUGCUUCAACAUCAGCUACAUCAUGUCUGCAGAGCUCAACCCAACCAUUCUCAGGAACGUGGCAGUGGGAGCCGGGUCCAUGUGGGCACGUAUCGGCGGUGUAGUCUCUCCGUUUGUCGUCUACUCCAAGCAGCUGUGGUUGCCUCUACCUUUCGCUAUCUUCGGCGGAUGUGCCGUUCUUGCCGGGGUGGUCGCCUUGGCCUUGCCGGAGACUAUGGGGGCUGACCUACCCGAGACUGUGGAGGAAGCUGAGAGCUUUGGAACUAAGAGAAAGCCGCAGCCGGUUUAUCUGUCCGACAUCGAGAAGCACGGCGAGGCCCAUCAGAACAGAGCCUUCCAAGAGGAGGACGUCACAGCAUUGUAGUCAGGUGUCUAACUGUUGUUCCAUAUGGUUAACAGACAUUAAACAUUGGUAGAUUUUGCAUUUUGGAAAGCGGUUGGAUUUAUAAUUCAUGAUUAUUGAUUUAAAUUAGUCCAAAGUAAAGAACUAGAUAUCAAAUUGCACCUUUAGAAUCGGAAGACGUUUUAUUUUAUUCAGCGUUUCCAAGUAACAAAUAUUGCAUAAGAUACUGGUAAGUAAAACACAUUUAUGGAUAGCUUUUGUUAUCUUAUUGUUAUUUGUGCCUCUCGGAUUCAUUUACGUUUAAAUCAUCUAUAGUAUUCUUCGCUUCAACGUGGUAAUUGUCACUAAGUCAAGGUGUACAUUAAAAGUACAUUAGGGGAAAACCCAAAAUAUCAUAGGUUUUAAUUUACAAUAUUUUUUUAUGCGUUUCAACUAUUCUAUAUUCAUCUCAGACUAUGUUCUAAACAUCAUAUAGGGACGAGAAGCAGUCAAAGCGUGGUGUUUAGAGUCCUAUCACUAUAUGUACUUUGUUUCCACGUAAAGGCUAUCAUUAAUGGUAUUAGCUGAUUGUAGAUACGGUAAUGUUUGUAAAUAUCGUAUUUGAACACAUUCGCUAAAAGGUACUAAUACUUGGAUGGCCUAGAUUUAUAUAUGUAAUUAUAACAGUUACUAGCUUUGAAUCGAUGCGUUCGUUUUGUACUAAUUGAAUUCAGGUAGAACAGAACGUCCGCAGAGUUGGAAGAACUAAUAAAGAUCAAGUAAAACA